AUGGACGCGGAGAUUGAGCUGUCGCCCACGACGAGCCAGACUGACGAAAAACGAGCAUCAGCGAAACUGGCGAGGAAACAUGCCUACUUCGCCUUGCUGGGUUGCUCGAUUCUGCAGCUUCCUAUUUGGGGUAUCGCAAUGACCUUUGGCAUCUUCCAAUCUGCGUACAUCCGCGAUGGGCUUAUCACCUCCUCCAGCGGCUCCUCUGGUGUUAUCGGAACCACCCUCAACGGCGUCAUGUACCUUUCCAUGCCCAUUCUCUUCACGGCGCUCGACCGUGGCACCUGGGCGAAAUACCGGCGCAGCGUAGCCAUCACUGGGGUCCUCAUCUCCAGCCUAGCGUUCUUGCUCAGCUCGUUUAGUCACCAGCUCUGGCAUCUCGUCCUCACGCAGGGCGUUCUCGCGGCAUUGGGGAGCACGAUGCUAUAUUCUCCCACAACGCUGUAUCUGGAUGAGCAUUUCCACGGCGGCAAAGCGACGGCCUACGGCGCUACGUUGAGCAGCAAGAAUAUCGUCGGGACGUGCUGUCCGCUCAUGUUCACCGCGCUGCUGGACCACGUGGGGAGUCGUUGGACGCUGAGGAUAUGGGCGCUCAUGCUCCUCGUCACGGGGAUCUUUGGAAUUGCUGUCAUCCCCACCAAGGCUUCUCUCGCAAGGAGGUCGCCCGCGAAGGUCCCCUGGAGCUUCCUCCGGCACAAGACGUUUUAUGUCUAUUGCAUCGCGAAUGCGGUUUUCAGCAGUGGCUAUGGGAUUCCGCAGACGUAUCUGCCGGGGUAUGCGAGGGAUGUAUUGCACCAGUCGACGUUUUCGGGGUCGAUUACGAUUACGCUGUUCAAUGCACCGGGGAUUCUUUCCUGCGUGGGGUUUGGCUUUAUGAGUGAUCGCAGGAAGUGGUCACCUAUCGCGACUUUUCUAUCAGCUUUCGGAACUAGUGUGUGUGCGCUCUUCCUCUGGGGUCUUGCGUCGAACCGGAUUCCUGGGUUGUUGAUCGCGUUCUCCUUGGGCUGUGGCUUCUUCGCUGGAGGAUACUCGUCUACGUGGGGCGGCUGGGUGAAGGACCUCGAGCGCGAGGCCAUAGAGGCGAAUGAGGCCAUCAACACAGGCAUGCUGUACGGGCUCCUCAACGGCGCGAGAGGUGUUGGGUACGCGCUGAGCGGUGGGGUUUCGGGACCAAGUAUGGAGCUUUGA